AGGUGGGGAUAGAAGAAACGGUGCCAUUGCGAGUUACCUGGCUCUGGGAAUCACGUCCGGUCGUGCACUCGGCACCCGGCCCUGCGGAUGCAUUCUUUGGCUUCACCCGCCGCUGCUGCCCAUCCGUCCGCGAGUCACCCACACCUCACCACACCUGUCUGGAUACUGCAUCACUGCCACCGCCUGACCCCGCAUCACCACCCCACAGGACCCCAACCCAAGUCUUUGUCCUUUUCCUCCCUUACCCUUUUUUCCCCCGAACACUCUUGCCCAUCCCGAAGCUGCAGCAGCCAUGUCAGAAAGGCUGCCAACCUCAAACCGGAAGGGGCAUGGUGGCCAGGGACUUUUUUGCCCAUGCCCUCGGACUUACGACCCUUGAUACAACUGCGAUAACAUCCAUAAUCGCACCUCGCGAUUGACUCCCAUUUGUGUAUGACCGAGCUCCUCUCCCAUUUCGGAGUGGCGACAUCCCUCGGCACUGAACGCUAUGAAAGAUUUUCGGUAG